UUUCUCCCUGGCCCCGGCGGCGCCCCAUUGGCACACGGCACGCUGCGGCCCCGCGAGGCCAAACCCUCGCCCUGCACGCCAGGAGAGCUCGAGCAGGGGAUCGAGCGCGGCCGUAUAGCCUCGCCCCCGACCUAUGCCUGCGGCGCCCCCGGCUCGCCGCAGAGCCCAGAGGCGCGCGUGGCCGUGCCGCGUAUGUGCGGGGAUGGCCCGCGCGCGCGGUGUGUGCAGCCGCUGCGCCGGCUGGGCAUGGGUCACGCCUGCUCUGCUGCUGCUGGCUGAGGCAGGUGCCCGGGAGGGCGAGGGGGCGAGGGCGGGAGGAGGAGGACGAGGAGGAGGACGAGGAAGGGGAGGAGGACGAGGAGGAGGAGGAGGAGGAG